AUGGAUGUGAACAAGUCACUGGAUGAGCUUCAGGCGUCGCUGAAGGCCAAGCGCGCCCCUUCCAAGGCGGGAGAAAACGGCGCGAAACGUGCAAAGGGUAACGGCAAGCCCAGCCAGAAUAGCAAGCCUGCGGCACCCGAGGGACGUGGGCGUGGCCGCGGCCGCGGUACGCGUGGCCGUGGCUCUCGUGGUGGUCGCGCUGGCCGCACGGCCGUGGUCGCAGCCCCCCCAACCCUGGCCCCCAAGAGCCUGAAGGUGCGCGUCGUCAACGACUUGGCCACAGACCCGGGCCUUAUGGCCCUCCGCAAAGCCCGUCAGCCAGACCUCCGUUCCCUGCUCUCCUCUCGCCAGCAACGUGGCCCGGCGCCCACAGCUGCCGCUGCAGUUGCCCUGGUUCCGGCCCGGGCCGCCGCCCCUGCUCCGGCGCCAGUGCAAAAGGCUAAGGAUAUUAAGCGUGGUUUCAAGGUCAUGAUUUACAACCUGCCCGAAGUGACCGAGGAAGAGAUUCGGGAGCUGUGCGCUGAGUUUGUUGAUGCCAAAGGCGUGCGUACGGUCAAGAUUGAGGAUGAGGGUGUGGCGUCGGUCAUUUUCCAAAAGAAGGCCGCCGCCCAGUUGGCCGUUGAAAAAUACGAUGGUGUCAAGCUUGAUCGUAAGUCAUGUUUCAGGACCCUUUAAAAUUUUCGUCAUUUUAUCUUUCCCUCGCUUGGGAGGUAUGUGUGGUGCUGACGUGCUGGUUUUUGUUUCAGAGCGCCGCAUGAUUUGGGAGCUCAAGGACGAGUAAUUUGCCAUUUCAAAAACACCUGUCCGGCACGCAAGAAGAAUCAAAAUUCUAUGUGCUCUGCUUGCCCGGCCGCGCCUGAUGUUUUUACAGACUGUGUGUGUGAUGAAAAUUUGUGUUUGGUUCUUGCUUGCCUCGCCCUUUGGCUUUGUGUACAACAAAAUUUACGCCAACUUAUUUUU